AGUUAUUCCGUAGUUGUAAAAAGUGAUUAUAUCAAUGAUUUUGUUUUUAAAGUGAUAUCGGUCUUCCAUUACGUUAGUUUUUUAUAAAUUAGGUUUACUUAAACAUUAAUAUGAUUCAAUUAUGAUCAUGUACAAAUUUUUAUAUUUCAAUACUAAUAAUACUCAAGUUGUUUACAAUUAUCCGCCCAUCAUUCAAUAUAUUUUAUCUUUUGUAAUAGCAACUAUAAAAACAUAAGUGCUGGUUUCUUUCUAGUAAAACCGUGGCUUUACUACAUGUAUCAUGAUGGAUGUAAUUUUCGAUGAACCAGAUGUGCAUUGCAAACCGAAUGCAUUAGUCGGUAACUUUGGAUGGUUCCUACAAGGCCUUUUGGCUACAUUGGCAUUCUUUUGUUUAAUAAUAAAACGAUUUUGUGAACCAAAAUAUGAUCGACGACCCUGGAAAGUAUGGUUUUUUGAUACUUCCAAACAGGGAAUGGGGUCCUUGCUUAUGCAUUCAGCAAAUUUAGUUUUAGCAGGUCAAAUCCAAGGUGAUCCAUGCACAUGGUAUAUGAUUCAUUUUUUAAUGGAUUCAUCACUUGGUCUUUUAUUGAUAUUUUUUGGUAUACGAUUUUCACAACAUUUAGCAAGAGUAAAAAAUUGGGAAUCUUUUAACUUUGGAGAAUAUGGAAAACCUGAAUCAAUUAGAAUCUGGUUUAUUCAAUGUGGCUUAUACUUGUCACUUUUAUGUUGUGUUAAAAUUAUUAUUACAUUGUUGAUUUCAUUAGACAUCUGGCGAGUUAUCACAAAAUUUAUCAUGUCACCAUUUACUGACCCUAGAACGGAAUUAACUAUAGUUAUGCUAAUCAUACCUUUAUUUAUAAAUGCACUUAUGUUUUGGGUGACUGAUGACAUAUUGAUGCAUAGAAAUCGUCAUCGAGUUGGUUUAUUGCGGCGUAUAAAAAUACAAUACCAUAAAGUUCAACAAAGUGGUAGACUAGAAGAUUCAGCUAUUUCUGAUGAUGAAGAAUUGCUCAAUCUAGAUGAAACAUCAACAAUUCUACGACCUAGUGGAGUUCAGGGUUUUUAAUGUGUUUCAAAAUUUUUUAUUUUAAUUAAUCAUGCACUAUGGUAUAUACUUAAUUCCUCAAUUUUAACCGACAUUCCUUAAAUGUAUAUUGCAUAUUUUACAUCUUAUAAAAAAAUAUUUUGAAUGUUAUACAAUUUUCAAUUUAUUGUUUGUUAUUUUUAUAUUUAUAUAUAUAAUUUUAUAAUAUGAGUAUUCUGUAAUGUUUACCAAUUUAAACAUUUAAAAUUGCAAGCAAUCAUUAAUUUAUACAAAAAUAUUAAAUUAAUUUAAAAUCAUAUAAUUUGUAUAGUAAUUUAAUGUUAAUAUACACAAUUAUAUAGUUAAAACUUAAAUUAUAUUCUUCAUUUUCAUCCAUUACAAUUAUCUAAGUAUUAUUUAUUUUAAAAUUUUAAUUUAACAAUUUCAUUUAAAAUAAUUUGGUAAACAAAAUAGCAUACACAUUGACAGAAUAUUACAUAAGAAAAUUAAUAGAUGUAUAUUUGUAUUGAACUAUGUCAUUUUAUGUGUAUAAUAAUGUCUGGACGGUGAUAGAUAUGACCAUGUCAAGUAAUGAUUUCUAAAUUUAACCAGUACAAAUUACAAGCCAAUUAAACAAAAUAUAUAUACAUAUCAACUGAAUAAAAUACUUUAGGUAUCUCAUACAACUUUUAUAAAUUGUAAAUUAUUUUAAUCUUUUGUUAUGUAUUUUAAGACAGAUAAUCGAAGCAAAUCAUUUCAAAUCCAUUAAUAUUAAGCAUUUUUAUUUUUUCAAACAAAAUGUUUUUCUUGUAAUUUAUUUAACCAUAGUAUUUAGUCCAAAAACCUUAAUGACUGUGAUACAAAUUUUAAUAUGUAAUAUCAAAAUGUUUUAAAUUUAAUAUAUUAUAUUCU